AUGGCCUUGGUGCGAAGCUUUGGGCUACUGGUUUUCUUGGGCCUGGCUGCCUUGCUCUUCUCUUUGCACUUUGUCUUACGCUCUGAAGAGUCAGCCGAAUACCAGGCGCUUCGAAAGCGGCUGGAUGCAGUGGAGGCCUUGCGCGCCGAAGAGGCAGCAGAGCAGGAGGCUUUGGAGCAGCGGCUGGAAGCGGUGGAGGCUUUGCUUCGAGUCCUGAAGUCGGUUCAGUCAAAAGAUGUGAAGGAGGCGGCAGAUGCUGCAGCCUCCAAGGCCGCUGCCCGGGCGGCCAACAAGACUAGGCUCAAGGUGAAGAGAUUUGCCAAAGCUCACGCGGUGUCCUGGCGUGAGGACCACAAGUGUGGACAUCAAGGCCUCCUGCCUAAUGGAGAGCCUGCACAGUGCAACCCGAAAAGUGAUGCUCCGUGCUGCUCUCCUGGUGGCUGGUGCGGGGGCUCAGCUGAUCACUGCAGCUGUAGCACCUGCAUCGACUACCGGAUCACAGCCGCCGCUCCAGCAGAACCGUACAACUUGGAAGCACCGAAGCGGAUUGCCAUAGUAGUGCCUUUUCGAGAUCGAGGGGCCCAUUUGGAAAAGUUCCGUGAGCGGAUCCAGUCGCACAUCUCUGCUUGGAUCAAGAAAGGCAUAAAUCAUAGUUGGAAAGUCUUCGUGGUGGAGCAGUUUGAUGAACAACUCUUCAAUCGUGGCUACCUUUUCAACGUUGGCUUUCAGUUUGCAAGCUCGGAGGAGAACACGUUGGGCAAGUUCGAUUGCGUGGUUAUGCACGACAUUGACAUUUUGCCGACACCAGUGGUGGACUAUGGAUGGUGCAUUUAUCCAAAUCAGCUCUCCGGGGAGAUUGAGUGUUGGGGCUGGGGUGUGCCGUAUCCAGACAAUGUGGGGGGAGUCGUCUCUAUGAGUCCAACACACUGGCGGGGCAUCAACGGCUUUUCUAACGAGUACGACGGCUGGGGUGGUGAGGAUGAUGACCUCUACCUCCGUUUGAAGCAGAACAGCCUGCUGAAGGGUGGAUGCCACACCUGGUGCAAGGACCGCAACAAGCCGACCGUUCCGAUGGUGCGACGACCGCCCUUGGGUGAAGGUCGCAUGACCUGUUUGCACGAUGGUGAUCACACACCCCGGCAGCGAGCUCCACAAGUGCACAGAUUUGUGACGCUUCGGGCGCUGCAAAUAGCUACUAGUUAG